AUGCCUUCAAAGGACCCUAAGCAAACAAGACCCUCGCCGAACUCUGUGUCGAAGACUUUCAAGGGGCGGCUGCAUAGCUGGCUUGGUCGCAAAUGGAGUCUCAAGUCGGUGUUUACUGGCGUAUUGGUACUCUCCACGUGUUUUUAUCUGGCUAACCCCAGUAUCGAGGCGAUACUGGAUAAUUUUCGACCCAUUCGCCAGGAUAGCUAUUGGAAGAAUUAUCGAGAGGAAGUCAAGGACGUGUUUGUUACAAGCUGGGAUGCAUACUCUCGACAUGCCUGGGGAAAGGAUGUCUAUCAUCCCAUUGCCAAAACUGGAGACCAAAUGAGUCCUAAGGGGCUCGGAUGGAUCAUCGUCGACAGUCUUGACACAUUAAUGAUCAUGAAUCUAACUUCUCAGAUCUCUGGUGCUCGAGACUGGGUCAAUAGGGAAUUGACCUACGACCAAGAUCAAGAUGUCAACACUUUUGAGACUACCAUUCGCAUGCUAGGCGGGCUUCUGUCGGCGCACUAUCUGUCCAGUCAACUUCCUGAUGUUGAAUCUCGCCAGGACCACGUUUACCUCCAAAAAGCGGUUGACCUGGCAGACCGACUUCUCAGCGCUUAUGAGUCUCCUUCCGGAAUUCCCUAUGCUAGUGUGAAACUAGCUACUCGAGAAGGCAUUCCAUCUCAUGCAGAUGGCGGUGCCUCGUCGACUGCCGAAGCUACGACCCUCCAACUGGAAAUGAAGUACCUUGCUCAUAUCACAGGCAAAGAAGUCUACUGGCGCAAGGCCGAACAUGUUAUGAAGGUGAUCGACGACCAAUGCAUGCCAGAUGGUUUGUUACCUAUCUUUGUGCAUCCUGAUACAGGAAAUUUCCGCUACCAGGAGAUCCGUCUUGGAAGCCGCGGCGACUCUUACUACGAGUACUUGGUCAAGCAAUAUCUGCAGACCUCUGGAGAUGAGAAAAUCUAUAGCGAGAUGUGGGAAGACGCUCUGGCAGGCAUCCAAAAGCAUCUUGUCACUACCACCAAAAACUCUAAUCUCCAAUUUAUUGCGGAGCUUCCAAAUGGCAUCGGUGGGAAGCUGUCUCCAAAAAUGGACCACCUCGUGUGUUUCUUACCAGGCUCAAUUGCAAUUGCCGCUACCGAAGGACGAACUGAGGCCGAAGCGCGCAAGCUGCCAACCUGGAGUGCUAAAAAAGAGGAGCAGAUGAAGCUAGCAAGAGAGCUCAUGAAAACCUGUUGGGCGAUGUAUGCAGUGACAGACACCGGGUUGUCGCCCGAAAUUACCUGGCUUGAGGCUGACGACGCCGAUCUCCGACCCAAGCCAGGGUCAAGACCUCAGAAGAAAAGCAAGGAUGACGUAGAUUCGUGGAAGAAGGAUCUUAUUAUUAAGCCUCUCGAUGCUCAUAAUCUGCAACGCCCGGAAACUGUUGAGAGUCUCUUUUUGAUGUUCCGAGUCACAGAAGAUCCCAUUUACCGGGAAUGGGGAUGGAAGAUUUUUAAAUCUUUCAAGCAACACAUGCUUAUACCUGAUGGCGAAGCGUAUAGCUCCUUGAGUGAUGUCACCAAGGUUCCUGCGCCCUAUCGUGAUAAUAUGGAAAGUUUUUGGCUGGCUGAAACCCUGAAGUAUUUAUACCUUCUUUUCUCACCGAGAGAGUAUCUCCCACUCACUGAUGUUGUCUUCAACACGGAGGCCCAUGUUCUGCCUCGAUUCAAGCUGUCCAAAUUUCAAACCGGCUGGGAGCGAAAGAAAUGUUGA